AAAAAUAGCAAACAUCACUGUCAAUUACCAGGCCUAGAACUUGUCAUUCCGCUGUUUGUUGUGACAGGAAAAAAGGAGCGAGAUUUUAGUUUGUUUUAUGGAAAUAAACGGAUAUAUAAAAUACAGUAAAAGUGAUAAUGAGUGGAAAUAAGGGAAACUUGAAUGAAAGAGAUAUUGAAGAUUAUCUUAGUAAGUUACAAGGCGGUUGGCUCUCAGAAGAUGACCUCGAUGACCAAGAUUCCGAUGAUGAAAACCGCGAUUCUGUUGAAGUUAUAAGAGUGUUGCAGGAGGAGAACGACGAUGAUGAUGAUGGGGAUGAUGUGGAUGAAACUGCUGACAUUGAUCCUCCUCUUGUAGAAGCAGAAGAUCAAGAACCCUCUCACCCAUCAACUUCAUCUAAUCUGCAGUCUUCAUCCAGUUUUUCAUUUGACAAAAGAAGCUUGAUUUGGAAAAAAAGGAAUCUGGUGUAUGACACAGAUAAAAUUACUUUCUUGGGGAGUUCUAUUAUUUCUAAUUGGCCUUUGUGCUAUGCAACAGAGGACCCACCAAAUACGCUAAAAGAGGUCAUCCUAGUACCAGUUCACUAGAAGAGGAAUUACUAUCAAAAAAAAGAAAAGGUUCUCCAGCACCACCACCUCCAAAAGAUAUAAGAAAAGAUGGUGCUGAACAUUGGCCAACAGUAGGUGGGUCACUCCGGUGCAAAUUUCCCAAAUGUAAAGGCUAUUCCGCAAUUUCGUGUAGUAAAUGUGGCGUCAAUUUGUGCUUGAAUAAAAAUAAUAAUUGUUUUUUAAAUUAUCAUAAACA